AAAAAACCCAGAGCAGUAACAUAAAGUUGGGCCCACAUGAAAGGAAGAACUGCAGAAAAUGAAAACACGUGAAUUGUGGCUGCGAAAUGAGGAAGGAAUGGAAAUGGAAAAGUGACGACACAAAUGAAAGGAUAAACGGUGUCCGGAACAGGAGCAGGAGAGGGGGAGAAAUAACAAGCGAGGCGGACAGACAGAGCCAUAGAGGAAGCUGAAAAGAAGAUAGCUGAGGUUAAUGUGGCGCUAUUCCUUUCUGCCGCAGCCUACCGGGCGGGGGACGAACUGCCGUGGAGCCCGGAGAUAGAUGCGGGACGUUUCUGGUCUUGAGCACCGCGGAUUUACUCCAGCGGGCACGAUCAUUUUUUAAUAAACACUGAAUUAUAACAAACAACAGCGCAAGAUGAGCAGGCAUUCAAAUCAGCUUUAACUCCCCUCCGGUGUCGGCUUAGCUUCGAAAUGGAUGAGUUCCAUCCUUUCAUUGAGGCUCUGCUGCCCCAGGUCCGUGCCUUCGCCUACACAUGGUUCAACCUCCAGGCCAGGAAAAGGAAAUACUUCAAAAAACACGAGAAGAGGAUGACUAAAGAAGAAGAGAGAGCCGUCAAAGAUGAACUACUGGGGGAGAAGGCAGAGGUGGGAUGGAUAAGUGGAGAGGUUAAGCAGAAGUGGGCCAGUCGUCUUUUGGCUAAGCUAAGAAAGGACAUUAGACCUGAAUGCAGAGAAGACUUUGUGCUGUCAAUCACCGGGAAGAAAGCCGCCUGUUGUGUGUUGUCCAACCCCGACCAGAAAGGCAAAAUGAGACGCAUAGAUUGUCUCCGACAAGCAGACAAGGUGUGGAGAUUGGACCUGGUGAUGGUUAUCCUUUUUAAAGGGAUCCCACUGGAAAGCACCGAUGGCGAACGUCUCGUGAAAGGAGGCCAGUGUUCCAACCCGAUACUCUGCGUCCAGCCUCGACACAUCUCCGUCUCUGUCAAAGAGCUCGACCUCUACCUCGCUUACUACGUACACGAGAGAGAGGCGGACCAGAGGAGCCCUCCCAGUUGUACAGGAGUUGGUUCUGAUCAGGAGGACAGUCGAACUGCCAACAUAGAUGGUCCAGAGUUCCAAGAGAGUUUUGUGACAUCAGGCGUUUUUACUGUUACUGAACUGGUCCAGGUGACGAGAACUCCGGUAAUAACAGGAGUCGGUUCUGGUUUCUCCAUGGGGGAGCUCCAGGGUCAUCUGGGCUACGACCUCAACCAGUCUGUCAACCAGCCAGUCAGCCUCAGACGAUCCCUGGCCAGCACCUCAUCCAGCGGGAGUAAGCGCCAUAAGUCUGGCUCUAUGGAGGAAGACGCUGAUAGUCCAGGUGGAGAGUAUUACCACUCACCUUCAUCUCCUGCCAGCAGUUCCAGGAACUGGACUGAUGACAUGGAAGGAGGUUUGUCUCCUCCAGUAAAGAAGUCAGAGAUGGACAGUCCGUCUCCCCAGGAAGACUCACCGAGAAUGGGCUCCUUCACUCAGCACCACCGGCCUGUCAUCGCAGUUCACAGCGGUCUGUCUCGGAGUCCCCAUCCCUCCUCGUCUCUUCACUUCCCGUCCUCCUCCUACUUCCCCCACGGAGCAAUCCGGUAUCCCCCCCACCUAACCCAGGACCCACUAAAAGACCUGGUCUCCUUAGCCUGCGACCCUGCCAAUCAAAGCCCCAGUUCACUGAAUGGCAGCAACCAGGUGAAAGUUCCCAGUCACUACAUCUCCUCUCAGAUGCUGACCACCCCUGGACCAGUAUCUUCUCUGGCUGCUCCCCGGUCCUCCCUUCCGAGGCCGACACUUCCUACAGAGUCGAAGGCCACUACCACGUCCUCUGAUGGGGGAGCAAACUCCCCCACAUCACCCACAUACUCUGCCCCUGGGACACCCCCUGCCAAUCGCUCCUCCUUUGUUGGAGUCACCCCCCGAGACCCUGGUGGACUCUACCAGGCCCAGUCUUGGUAUCUGGGCAACUGAGUGAACUCUGCAGGAAAGGUAAUUGUCCUGGCAGGAAUGUCCUGGAGGAAAGGAAACAAUGUUGUCAAGACGUUGCCAAAGGAAAAAUAUAUUCAGCUUUGUAGUAAUGAGGGGUUCAUACAUAUAUAGAUAUACAUCACAGUAUAUUUAUAUAUGUGUUGGUAGCCGGAAGACACGGUCUGGAUGGAAGAAGGGAGCUGCUCUCACUCUGUCUUUUAACAGCCCCAUGAACUACUCUAUAUGACACCGCGUAGCUGACACAAAGGGGCACUUGUGUGAGCUGUGAUUUUCAAGUUAAACUAUCGGAUUGGUGCAGUGGUCUGGUUGGUCAAAAUGGACUAGAGACCAGGACCAGCCAUCAACACACCAGAUCCUUAGAAGACUAAGACCUAACUGUUUCCCCAGGACGUGGUCUGUUUCCCUGGGACGGAUGUCAGCCUUUACCCCUGUACCCUGGGUCUUUACACUAAACCCAGUACAUGGCCUAUAUAGACCUCGCACCCCGUUCAACAACCCAGAAUGCCCCUCUCUGCUGCAGGUGCUGCUUAUAAUAUAUGCAAAUAAGAAAGAACGAGAGAUCCUAUUGUUAACAUAUGUAAUGUUUUGUUGCACUUUUCUGUUACUGAUUCGUUUGAAGAAAAUGACAAGGUGAAAGGCACUUUGUUUUUUUUUCUCUCCACCAAAAGAUAGAGGCUUUGCCUUUUUUUAUUAUUGACAAUCAUCAGCCUGACACCUUUAAGUUGCCGUGUGACGCUCAUGUUUUUAAGACUGUUGGAUAAGGCUUUUUAAAACAAUUUAAAACAAUAAUAGUAAUAUAAGAGCUAUACUUCUGCCUCCUUGCAAUAGAAUACCCAGUAGCGUACCCGUAUAGACCCACGCCCGGUUUUCCCGUUAACUGGGUUGGCCUGCAUGAAACAGCCAUGACGUUGGUGGUUUUCCACAUGGACAAAGGUACAGUGUUUUGAGUUGACAUGCACCUGUCACUAGAAAUCAAGGAAACUCUUUUAGAACUAAAAAAAAAAUAAAUAAAAUAGAGAGACAAGUCAGAGAAGAGGAAGUGUGUGUGCGUGUGAGUGUGUGUAUAUGAAAGAGAGAUUCGUGGAUCCUUGGCUAAGGUUGGGGUUAUGUUAGGGUUAGACUUAGCAAAUUAGUCAUUAGCGCUAGGCUUAAGAAUGUAAGUCUAUGCACAUUCCCCAGGUAAGUUUAUGUCUCAAAGAACACUGUGACAGGUGGAUUAGAGCGAGACACGCCUGUAGGAGGCACUGCACUAUGAUGACCAUGGUUAAAUUCUGGUGGUGCUGGUGAAUUAUUGAAGUUAUUGAUGCUAAAAUGAGGUCAGGUCACGCACAUUCUGACUCAAUCCGAGCACAAAAUCCAGGUAUCUUGUCCGUCUCUGGAACGUGUAGGGGUAAACCCUUGCAGGGUCCGCUGUAUAACUCAAUCCCAACACAAUUUGAACAGUCCGCGGAGGAACACCAGCUGUAGUGUUUGGUUACUGUUCAGGCUCAGUGAGACGGAGACAGACGAAUGAAAGAGCAUGUCUCUUUGGGUCAAACCUCGGUGGUUAAGCAGUGCCAACAAGCAACAAAUCCAGAAUUUGAAGCCAUAAUUGAGGAUCUUCAGUGCAAUGUGCAUUUCUAUCGUGCUUCUGUGUGUCACUUAGUUCUGGCAGACUUUUUAUGGCUUUAGUUAUUUUAAUAAUGUUUUUAGAACCAUUUUUUUUAUCUUUAAAUGUUGAAUGUUGCAUUUUAUCAUAGUCUGGAAUGUCUUCAAACAUUUAACAUGUCACAUUUAAUCCAAUUCCAAACAUUAAUUCCUCUCUUUAGUAACUGCAGCAUCUCAAAACCACAUGUUUUUUGAAGUAACCGUGAGUUUCUUAACCAACAGGAUACAGUCCAGAAAGAGGUUAUGAAUGUUUCAAUGGAAAAUGUCAGCGUGUCUAAACGUUGAUCCGUAAUUGUUAAUAAUUGAAAUAAUUCAUGAAUAAGUUGAUUAAAUAAAUAAUAGUCAGAAGCAGAGAUGCAGUCAGAUCAAGCAAAGAUGAAGUUUUUGCAGUUUUGUUACUCACGGGAAAUGUUACCCAGCUAUAUGCCAUUUUUAUGUCCCUAUAAAUAUCAUUUAUCUGCCUCGAAGAUGUUCCUUAAAGGAGGAACAAUAGAUUCAAAUCCGUUUUUCCAACCACUGCCAUAGUCUGAGCAGUAACCCAAUCUAUGGUCCAGUUCUUCAGACUCUGCGCUUCAGCACAUUCAAUAUGAAAUACAUAGAAAAUAUGUAUCACCAAAUAUAUGAUAUUUACAAACUCCUUUAACACAGCACAGUAAACUGAGAAUGCUCUCCAGAAUGUCGUCUUACAUAACGACUUGUAAACCGAACCACAGAGGGUUUACUGUGAGAUUAAAUCCCGGGUAAGCCUCAAAAGACAUUAAACUGCUCUGCGGUUUGCAAAACCAUAUAAAAACAAAUCCGUGGAAUACUGAGGACGGAUGAAACAAAACGAAGCCUCAAUCAAACAGUUUGAAAGAGGAAAGUAAAGUGAAACUGAACAUUUACUGAGUCGAUAAAAGCAACGCGGGUUUUCAUAAAAAUAUACUAACUUCAUACUUUAUUUUUUAAUUUUAUUUAAGGGGUAUCUGCAGUGUAGCCUGGAAGAGCAUCGUCAGAGUCUGUCUAUGAGCUGACACCUGGAACAUAUUAAACAAGAGGAUAAAUAACCGUCUGCCCCUAAAGCCCUCAGCACAAUGUUCUUAACCUUUGGUUUGAUAAGAUGGGAUAAGAUAAUCCUUUUUUUUCAUCCCACAUUUCAGAAUGUGCUUUAGCUCAUGGCCUGAAGAACAACAACAAAAAAUAAAUCAAACAUGCAUAACUUUUUUAAAUAUUUAUGGGUUGGACAGUACAUCCAGUGAUAAAGAUACAGUCAGUGCGAUUAUUGGUUUGGAUUUAUAGUGAAUUCACUCACCAAGCUGCAGUAAAAGAUACUUUUUACGCUAUUAAAGUCUUUCACUUGCAAGAAUGUGCACCAACUCUACCUGUAGAGGGUGGCUGGGUAUGUUCAGAUGAAGAGCAGUCAGUACUGAAAUAUUGAUUUUUAUCUUUGACAUUCAACUGACGGAAAGGCAUCUUUCUAUCGACGCUGUACAUACUAUGCAGUCUGGCACCACCCUGAAUUCGCUUCGUGUUCCGUCCGAACACGGGUGUCAGAGCGUUUCCUCCUUUUUUUCCCAGGGGUUUGGGGUUCACAUAAGUCAGUGCCUACGAAAGGGGUUCAGAAUUUAGAGUGAAAGUUGCCGGUAUGAGCUUGGUUUUGAUUUAAAGUUCGGUUAAACUUGGCUUAAAGCUGAUGUAUACUGCAUGGUGCUGCCCUGGUCGCUGUGCUGACCUAAAGAAUGCAUGGCUCAACCUGAUGAUACCUCUCCAUCUCAGUCCUGCUCUUCGUCCUCCUUUUCCUCUCUCUUUCUCUCUCUCUUAAACUUCUAUUUUGCACGAUAUUUCAUAAAGAGACAUUAUGUGCCUUGCCUUUAGUCAAAGAAUAAUAAUACAUUAUGGGAAAGUGAUCAUACUUUUUUAUGGCACAGCUGAUAGCGCUUAAUAAACGGCAUGUUGGAUUGCUUGACAUAGUACGUUAGCAGAUGCACUGAUUAUUUUGGUUGUGGCUACGUGUCACCAGAGAUACUAGCUUCAAUAUUAACUCAGUAAACGCAACACGAGACAACGGGGCAGGUGUGUAUCCUCUCCUCUACUCAACUAAUGAGUGAGCAUUUACACCGUCGUCAAAGGAAUAGUUUGUAGAAUUUCCUGUCACAUGAGAAAGAUGAUUUUUCUUCCCCCUGUAAAGUAGCCCGUAGAUACUCAGCUUACUAAACACACAAUGUGUUUGGCUUAGCUUUGUGCUGAGCUGACCUAAGCACACCCCAGCCCUUCCCACAAUGACACUCAGUUAAUUUUUUUUUAUUUUUUCUGAUGCUUUGUCUGACAUGUUUCAUCUUGUGACUAAGGUCCGGUUGUCAUCCAAUGACCUAAGUGUGAAAUCGGUCGUGUUACAUGUAAGAGGUGGCCAUAUGUACAAAGGUCAAACUAUAGAGGGUAUGCAUGUGACGUCACAGCCAGCGACGUCUCCGUGGUUACGGCCACUGAGUGGCAAAAAGUGAGAGUUGAACGUGGAGAUUAGCUGCAUUAGUUUGAAUCAUAGGCUUUAAUGGGGUCUAAAUUAUAAUUUUUUAUUUUUUUUUAAAAGGCGAAGGGCUGUUGUGCGAAUGACUGUACCGACACGUUUGAAAAGCAGUCGGAGAUGUAUUUUAUAGCGAUAUCUCCGACUGCCAAAGAAAAGAGAAGUAAAUGGAUCGCUGCCUUAUAAAGAAACAACUGGAAUCCAGGCACAGAAACCUGGUGCUGUUGUUCACAUUUAGUGUCAGGUCAUUUUUGCUGUAUUUUUUUAAAAUUUUGUUUAUUAAGUCAUGCCUUAUGUUACUUCUGAAGUUACGUUCUGGAGAGUUGUCAGAUAAGUAUGUGGAUGUUGUUGUCUUGGUGUAGUUACGACUGACAGUAACUAUUUCAGUUCCAAGAUAGGUAACAAUAAAACACUAAGCGUAAUAUUUGUGAGCACUUACUAUCCUUUUAAUACAGUAUUGUAUGGCUAACGUUACCAAUCAGUAAAGCUUUUAGCGUUACCAUCUUUUAAUGAGCUACAUUUUAUCAUAACUGAAAUGACCUAAAAACUAACUUAAAUUAACUGAAACUGAGGCUAAUCCGCUUUUCCAGUUCCAUUCUAGUUCGUAUGGAUCAUUGUCGAGUCCAGUUGUCCUUAAUUUGAUCAGAUAAUCCACAUUUUUUCACAGUCUCGCUGUGUUUACUGAUACAUUUCACUGUGUUUUUGUCACUGAAGGGGGCGUGGCCUCAGGCGGCAGUGACGUCAAUGCGUAUCCUCUAUUGUGCUGAUGCAAAGGUGUCAUGAUUGCUUGUAAUUUACACUCCAGAUACAGACGCUUUAUUUAAUCUGACAGUGGAAAUAGCUUCUGAAUUACAGCUCCUACUUUGAGUAAGCCCUGGAUAAACAGGUGGCUGGAAAUGAGUUAAGGAAAAGAACUCCAGUUCCCGAAAUGUUGGGCCGUCCUUUUAAGAAAUGUAUUUUUUUUUUCAUAGAUAUCAUUUGCCAUACUCAGGUGUUGAUUGCACUUGCUGAUUUAAUUCAGUGCCUCUGCUGUUUAGUGUUAAGUCCUUCAUUAAUGUUCCCAUUGCAAACAAAGUGCUUUUUUUUUUCAAAGAUGCUGCUCAGCAUUGUCAACAUCUUUUGUUUGUUUGUUUGUUUGUUUUUUUCUAAAUAAUUUGUGUUAAAAACAUAAAAAUCCCGUUCGAUAGUACUUAAUCCAGGGAAAAAAACUUUCACUGUAUUGUGAAUAUUUUGGCAUUUUGCCAUUAUUGCCAAGUCACUUAUCUAAUGUAACUGAAGCGUGUUAAACGUGUUCAAGUUUGAGUUUCGAAGCUUUGACCAGUCAAAAGAACAACAUCAGUUCACCUGUGUGAUGACUCCGACCAUGUGACUAAUGUCACCACGUGUGAUAAGGUACUACAAAGGUAAUAGAUGACUUUGAAUUUUACAUGUUGCAUGCACUUAAUUCUAUUCUUAGUCAACAUGGCAUUUAGGUUCAUUUUAGAUAUUCCUUGAGUUGUUAUAUUUACUUUGCUUAUAGAAUAAUAUGUUUAAACACAGCAAUGUGUAUAAAAAUAUGUACAACAUGAACUUAUUAGUUAUAAAACGAUGUGUAGAAUGCGUAAGUCUGUUGUGUUUGUGCAUUUUAAUUUGGCUCUCUUAAGACGGUGGCCAAGUAACUGCGUAAGUGAACCCAUGAAAUGGGGAAACUCUGUGGCUGGUUUAGUAAUAAAGUUGAGUUUAUGAUGGGUAAGUCUUGGAUGUCAGGUUAAGUGAAGUGAAACGGUGAAAUUGAAUGCAUAACAGUGUUUAGAAAAAUGUAUGACUGGACCUGAGACUAGUACACGAUUUUUUAAAAAUGACACCCUUUUCUUCCAUUUUUUUGAGUUAAGCUGACCUAUGAGUGUUUCUUUUUUGUUAUAGCUCCGCCCAUGUGGAAUAUGUCCUUAAAUUUAGUAGAAUUCAUGUAAUUAAGUUCACGUUCAACAGUAAACAGACACGUUGCAUUAAAAAAAAAAAAAAAAGCCUUUAUAAAAUUGUUAUUAAAAUGCAAAUAAUGUAGUAGAUUUACACAGACCUAAGACCUGCAGUACUAUCACACCAGACCUGGCUUGAGUUUGAGCUGAGCUACAUCUCAUAUUAUUCACCCAAGUGACAAGUACUUAAUAAAUAACCUCAUAAUGGUGCUACUUUUUGUUUUCAUUACUGCAACACUGACACCCUUUUAACCUUCAAAGCCAUUGGCUAGACUAACGUGAACCAGGCCAAGAUUUAGUUUAUAAUUUUCAGUUUGACCCUGGUGAUUCACCCGAGACGGAUGCAGCUUAACAUUGCAAGUAGGAGGAUGAAAGCUCUUUCCUUUCCUGCAAAAGGCAUUAAGCUGCGUUAUGGCAAAACCAGUAAAUGAACUAACUGAAAGGUCAAGUGUUGUAUGGUUGCUGUAGCCUGUUACAGAUACUUUGAGGCUGUUUUUUUUUUUAAACAGAUGAUUUGUGGGAAUCCUUUAGCCACGUUCAACAUUUCAAUCCUCCAUUUAUGUCCUAUUUAAAGGCACGUGAUCGAAAAGCUGUAGAUAUUUUUUUGAAUGUAAGGUUGUUGGUACACAGUGCAAAAAAAAAGAAAAAACAGUGUCUACAAAAUGUAUUAGAGACAUUUCAUGAUCAUAAAUAAACCGCAAAUGCAACGACCAAUCCAAAGAGACAUAGUUAUAAAGCUGAAGUUUUAAUAAGUUCUUAUCGACAUUUAGGGGAAAUAAUAGCCUGCAGACUAUUUCUCUCCCUCUCUUGCAACCUCUAACCUAGCGUACCACUGACUAUGAUGUCUCUAAUAAUAAAAUAAAUCUCUACAAGCAGUGCCUAACAUUUUACUGCUGGUUAAACUGUGCAGGAUGUGUUGAAUGGAAAACUGGAGCACACGGCGUUGCCAUCACUAGUGCAGGUCCUGAGGUGCCGUAAACAAACCAAAGAUUUGAAGAAGUUUUCAAAGAAGCGCUGAAAGAACAUUUUUAAGAGGGAUUAAGGUUCGGUCAUUUGAGAGUUUAUGGUCCUUCGCCGUUCGCUGGUAGAUUUUUGUUUUGGUUCAUGGACUGAAGCUGUGUCCUGUUUUCAUUUUCUUUCAAGAAUGCACUUUAAUGAAACUCUAAAUGCAGCUAACAAAUGUUAAAACACGUAAAAGGGACACAAAAUUGACAGAGGGCAGAUUAGGGGCGAACUCGGCAUGUGAAGGCUAAAUAAUGAACAAUUACUGAUCCAGUAUUAUAGUGAGCUCCCUUGUCUGCUUUAUUUUGUGAUGUGAUUCGACGUAUCACAAACACAAUGUUGAUCAGUUGCUAAAUUGACAAUGUUACACUGUUGCCACACACCUAAUAAUUAUAGUGUUUCUGGCAAUAUGGUAAAGAGUUGCUUCGUGCUACCUGUGUUUAAUUUAAGACACGGCAUAAAUAUGACCGGUUGGUUUUUAAAAAUUUUGUUUAAAUAUUCACAUUCGAAUGCUUAGCUCCUCUCUCUCUCUAUUUAUAUAUAUAUAUUUAUAUAUAUAUAUAUAUAAAACAAAAUCCAAUAAUGAAAAUUACAAUAUUAUUUGGUGUGGAUUUUUAACCUUUUUUUUAUUAUUUUUUAUUUAUUUUCUCUGUGGUACAAAUCAAGUGUUGUUCAGGCGCAAUUAGAAAGUUUCCGGUGUCAUUUCUCCUGCCGAUUCCUUUAUGUGCUGGUACGUCGCUAGCGCACAGUUUAUGUCGGGUUGUUUUUCUCAGAGAAUAUUUGAUUUGAGCGCAUAUUUCAAUCAUUUUUUUCAUGAAAUUGUUAAAACACUGAGUAAGUAAGUAAGUAAGUAAGUAAGAGACUGCUGUGCUGACUUGCACAUACACAACACCAGCGAUAGCAAAUGCAGGAUGAGAGCUCAUCAACCUACUGCAUGACUUGAAGUUUUUGUUUCAGUUCAGCUAUGGGAUGACAACAAUAAAUUUCAAUAUGUUGAUAUGUUAUACACGAUGAGUUUCUCUGAUACGUAAAAAAAUAACCAGUGUGUGGUGAAAGUGGUGUCCCCUCUCACGAGUUAUUUUACUUGCUUUACUGAAACACCUCAUUCACCUUGGUCACUUCCAUCUUUCCUGACUAAUGAGCUUAUCCUGAUGUCAAGUUUCACCACCCGAUGACACAGCUGCUGUGACAAUACAAGCAAAUAGUAGAUGAGGUUGAGGCAAGUCUACCAUGUGCUGAUAGUGGUUCUGACUCGAUUGUUUCUGUGGAAAGGGCUGCUGCUCUGGACUAUCCUGUAGUUAGAAGCAGCUUUAAAACAAAACCUUUAAGUACUUUUUUUUUUCUUUCUUUCAGACACAUUUUCUGCUGAAGCAAUUGUCAUUUAUCAGUGUUUAUUUUGCAUGAUGUAAACUAAGGGACUGGACAAACGGUGGUAUGGUCCUGCUUGAAUGUGUCAUAGUUUGAGUGACAGCUGUCCGGACCUGUGUCUCUGAUCCAGUGUUGUCCAUCAGCCGUGGGCCAUAUUGACAUUUUUAGACCUAUAUUUAGCUAUUGCUAUGAGCAGAUUCUGAUGAAUUUAUUACUGGAAAUGAGUAUGUUUCCCUAUGCAAAAAUGUACCAUGAAUAAACAAGCUAUGCUACAAUUCA